AUAUUCUUUUAUUUCAAAUAUUUAACAAUAUUAAAUAUAAAUACGAAAUCAUAAAACUGGAGUCUUGGGACCGUCCACCCUUGAGAAUAUCUAGUUACAUUUGGCUAGCCCAAGCAGACAUAUAAAUUGCAGAUAAUCGUGGCUUGUAUUAGUCAUUAUGUGGAAUUUCUCUCGUGUGCGCAUGGAGACAACAAUUGUGGGUGUAGCAUUAGUGCUGUUAUUCUUAAAUUUCCUCCAUCCUUUAGUUGGUGUACCUAAGCAUUUUCACUCAUUUAGUUUUUGGGCUCCAACAUCUUCAACAAAUGUUGAUAAGAUGAUUGUUGUCUAUGUUACUACACCAACUAAAGAAAUUGGAAAGGACAUGGCGAAUAGUAUUAUAUCAAGUAGGCUUGCAGCAUGUGUCAAUCAGGUUUCUGGUUGGUAUUGAUUUGAAAUGUGUUGAAUCAACGUAUUGGUGGAAUGGAAAGGUGGUGGUUGACACUGAAGUUCUUCUUAUAAUCAAGACACGAGACUCUUUGUUCAACACCCUUACAAAGCAUGUUAAAGCUCUCCAUCCGUACAAGGUUCCAGAAAUAAUCGCAGUUCCAAUAACAGAAGGAAGUGAAGAUUAUAUGCAAUGGAUGAAAGAAAAUACCGCUGUUCUAAAUGGAUAGUGUGCGGUAACUAGACCAUUGUAUUGAUCGAGCAUAUUUAAUGUCAUUAAAAGAUUCCCUUGGUAUGUCAAAUCAUGUUGUUAGCAGGACAUAGCAUUGUACACAAAUAACAAAGAGUCCUAGUAUAUUUCAAAACAGCACUCUUCAUAUUUACAGUUUUUUUUUUUUAAUUAACUCUUUUUGGGCUCAAAUUAACAUAUUUUAUUCUUACCUAAUGGUGGAUAUUAAAAUGCUUGUGGAAGUCUAUGAAAUUUCUUUUCAUCAUAUGAUAAUAUUUUGCCCAUCAUAAAACAAAAUAGGGGGGAUGUCUGCUGAUCAAACAAAAGUGUUUGUCAUUGUGUUUGCAAAUAUGCAAAGAUCUCAUGUGUAGUAAAUGGCAGCUAGAGAUCUUUCCCUGAUGAUGGGUUACAAAUAUUGGUUCACAAUGUCAAUAAUUCUCCUUUCCUAAGCAGAUUCUCCUGAAAUCAUUUUGACAAUUAGAAAGAACAUUGGUUUUCCCGUGGAAGGAUAGUCAUCUUUUUCCUAGCUGUAUUUUUUUGGAUAUUAAAUGAUAUCUGAUCAUUUUAAGAUUCUUAUUUA